ACAUUUUAACCUUCUUAUUAUGUUACGGGUCAAUUUGACCCGUUCCAGUUUUUGUGUUGACCAUAACGCUGAUCAUCUUCUAUUUUUCUUAAUGAAACUUUAUGACUUUUUCUUAUCUGGGGUCAUGAACUGGUAUGAGAAAUAUGGACACUUUGAUGUGUCCUGGGAAGUCUUAGCAGUUUUUGUAUACAAAAAUGAUGUUGCGGGUCAUUUUGACCCACACACUUUAAUGUGAGUAAAAAGCUGUUCAGAACAAAAAUAAACAUGACUCUUUGAUGUGCUAUGUUGUGAUUGCUUCUGAAUAUACAUUCACACCCAGAGGCCCAGGUGUGUGCGCGAGAAACUUUUUCUGCCCUGUUCUUGUAACUGAUGUCAUGUGAUUUCAACACACCAAAAAUGAGCUCUAGAAGGUUGACAGCUGAAGAAGCUUUAUCUCAGCUUUUAACUGGGAUAGCAAUGACGAAGAAGAUGUUUCAGAGACAGAGGAUUUUUCAGAGGCUGAGGACAAUGUUACUGAUGAUCCAGACUACCAAUUUUCUGAUGAGGAUUCUAAAGAGGAGUCUUCUGUCAUCGCUUCAUCAAGUGAAAACCAAGGAAUGCAGCAAUCAUCAUCUACAGAGGGGGCAUGGACAUCUAAAGAUGGUAAAAUAAAAUGGUCAACAUCACCACACCGAAGUCGAGGCAGACUGUCAUCUGCUAAUGUCAUCAAAAUGACACCUGGUCCUACAAGAUUUGCAGUCACACGAGUUGAUAAUAUCCAUUCAGCAUUUCAUCUCUUCAUACCCUCUCCAAUAGAAAAGAUUAUACUGGACAUGACUAACUUGGAGGGGAGGCGUGUAUUUCAACAGAAAUGGAAGCCCAUGGAUCUGACUGACUUGCAUGCUUAUAUUGGAAUCCUGGUAUUAGCUGGAGUAUACAGGUCAAAGGGAGAAGCAAAUGCAAGUCUAUGGAAUGAAGAGAAUGGAAGGCCGAUCUUUCGUGCAACAAUGUCUCUUGAGACAUUUCACAAGAUAUCUCGUGUGAUCCGAUUUGACAACCGUGAAACCAGAGCCAGUCGCUGUGAAAGAGACAAACUUGCUGCAAUCAGAGAUGUAUGGGAUAAAUGGGUGGAGAUUCUACCUUUGUUGUACAACCCUGGUCCCCAUGUGACUGUAGAUGAGCGCCUUGUUCCAUUCAGGGGCCGCUGUCCUUUCCGACAGUAUAUGCCCAACAAGCCGGCAGAGUAUGGCAUCAAAAUAUGGGCAGCUUGUGAUGCUAAAUCUAGCUAUGCAUGGAAUAUGCAGGUGUACACCGGAAAGCUACCUGGAGAGGCAUCUGAGAAGAAUCAGGGGAUGCGUGUGGUGCUGCAGAUGAGUGAAGGGCUGCAAGGGCAUAACAUCACCUGUGACAACUUCUUUACAUCCUACUGGCUUGGAGAUGAACUUCAGAAAAGAAAGCUCACUAUGUUGGGAACAAUCAGGAAAAAUAAACCAGAACUUCCCAGUGAAAUUCUGAAGAUGCAGGGAAGACCUCCACAUUCCUCAAAAUUUGUUUUCACCGAGAAAGCAACAGUUGUUUCAUACUGCCCAAAGAAAAACAAAAAUGUUCUUGUCAUGAGCACAAUACACACAGAUGCAUCUCUGAGCACAAGAGAAGACAAAAAACCACAAAUGAUCCUGGACUACAACUCCACCAAAGGAGGAGUAGACAAUCUUGACAAAGUCACAGCAACAUACAGCUGCCAGCGCAAAACAGCUCGUUGGCCCUUGGUGAUUUUCUACAACAUUGUGGAUGUGUCAGCUUACAGUGCCUUUGUCCUGUGGACUGAAAUCAACCAACAUUGGAAUGUCGGCAAACUGUACCGACGUCGGCUUUUCCUGGAAGAACUGGGAAAAAGUCUUGUCACCCCCGAGAUCCAGAGUCGAGCCAGACCAGCUCGAUCCCCAGCAGCAGCAGCUCUCAUUGAAAACGUCAGGUCUGCAUCAUCUGACAUAUGUACAAUGAAUCCAGUGGAUACAGGUGCAAAGAAACGAAAAAGAUGCCAGGUCUGUCCCUCACGAUAAGACAUUAAAACAAGCACCGUUUGUGAGAAGUGCAAGAAGUGCAUUUGCAGAAAGCACACAGUUACACUCUGUCCAUCAUGUGGACAACACUGAAAAUGUUGAACAUUGAAAAUCUGAGAAAAAUAAAAGUGUUUGUAAAGAAGGAAAACUUUUACUAACUAGUUCUUACAAAUAGUUAUGGAUAUUCAAACUUUAUUGUGUGUCUGUGUUUUAAAUGUUUUUUCUAAUGGAAAAUAAAGUUCCUGUUUUAUUGCAGUUUUUUUUACAGUUCUAAGUGAAUUUAGACAGGGUGGGUCAAAAUGACCCGCAACAUAACCAAUGUGAUUUUUUUUCAACAUAAUACAAGGGUUAAAGUCAUUUCUGCAUGUUCCCUGGUCCUACGUUUAAAAUAUAGUGCCUCUUCAAACCAUACCUGUACAUAAAAGUGGUUCAGUUUCUUCUGCAUACAUCUGUUUUGGUUCAUCUGCAUUUUCUAAAAUUUGUUU